AUGGGUAAUAGAAUCUGCCGUGACUUUGCUCGGGGAAAAUGCACGUGGAGGAAUUGCAAGUUCCCCCAUGUGAGCAAUGCUCAAAAUCGCAACACCGUGACUCCAGCAAAUCAGACCCCACGCCCUACCCAACCGCCUGAUAUCCGGCGAGCACCAGCUGGUGGCUUGCCAAAUACAGACAAAGCUAUAAGAGAAUGGCAGAGAGGCAUUCCAUGUGGCACAGCGUCCAUUCGCCCCUCCUUUUGGAAGACAGCUACUCUCUUCCAGGAAGCGAAGCGAUUGAUCGAGUCUGAUGCGAGUGCGCGACAAGAAGUCAUCCGGGUAUUGGCCAGUGAAGAUGGCCUGCGAUUGAUUCUGGAUGUUGUCAACGGGAACUUUGAAGCUAUGGACGAGGAAACAAGGGACAUCAUAUUCAAGACGCAAGUGCUUCCGUGCCUUCAGACCAUCUCAAAUCCCGAGGUUCUCUCCUCGCUGGUAUUGGAGCAGGCAGUGGGCACGAUUUACAAUGUCCUGUUCGGCAUUGACGGAACCAGAGCAGCACGAUGGCUCAAUUUCGUCUGUGGAGUGCUUGAGACCGACAUCACAAACGAAGGCAGUGCAAUGUUGCUAGAGGCAUCUCUACACACAUUCUCCGGCAUUGUCGACCUCAACUCCACGGCACCUAUUCGCGACUGCCUUCAUACCGUGGCAGGAAGGUUUGAAGCCGUUUUCACCUUUAUGAAUGCUAAGGAGGGCAUGGGUUCCAAACUCCAUCGGUCUCGGCUGCAUCUUGAUCGGGUCCUCCGGCGAUUGGAGGGUGGGAAGUCACUUCCAGCGGGUAAACCAGAGAAAGAACGGAAGGGGACCGAUGCUGCCUUUGCUGCGCCGCGCGAGCGUCCUGGAGACAGACACAACAACGAUUUUGACGACAUCUGUGCGAUCCAGAUUAUGCCCACCUUCGAAGAGAUUUCGAGUCUCAAGUCGGAAUAUUUGCCUGUCAAUGACCCACGCCAAUGGCAUGUUGGUGGCAUCGUCGGUUUGCUGGACCGAAAUUUCCGUUUAUUGCGAGAGGACACUGUUGGCCAGCUACGAGAUGCCAUCUAUCACGAACUGAACCCGCGUCCCCAGCAGCCUCAGUUGCGAAAGUUCAUGUACCCUGGGUCCAAAGUGGUUAACAUGGGAUUCAAUUGGCUAUGGGGUCAUUACUUCGAAGUUGAAUUCCCUCAGCCUGCAGCUGUGAAGGGUCAAACAUUUGCAGCCCGCGAGAUAUGGUGGCAGAACUCCAAGCGACUACAGCCAGGCGCGCUUGUGUGUCUGAUCAUUCGAAAAAAUCUGGUGCUGUUUGCCACUGUGACACGCCGUGACAUGUCGCCUAGACGGAAUGGACACGCUUCCUUGCCGCCGGAGCUCCUCCCUCCACAAGAUAGAACAGUGCUCAAAACCCCAUGGAAGAGUCCCAAGACUGGCUCGAUUGCUUUGAUGCUGGUUGAUCCUACGCAGGCCAGCGUCACAGCGCUUCUGGACCUUUAUAGUCCCCUGAAAACCCCCGAGGUCUCCCUUGUUGAGUUCCCGGGAGUCAUGCUUCCGUCUUUUGAGCCAACUCUUCGAGCACUUCAGACAAUGAAGAAGACCCCAAGUCUGCCUUUCGCGGAGCUUUUCGUCCCUUGGGCUGCCAAGCAUCCACCCGAUAUUCUUCCUCCGUCGUAUGCAAUGAAAGACGGCUUUGCAUUUAAUCUGCGCUGUCUCAUGAACAAUAAAACCAACUUCUGGGUUCGCUCUAAUGCGCCGGUGGACAUGCAAUAUGUGCAAGACCAUACAGAGCUGGACCGUGCACAGGCCGACGCCUUGGUCAAUUGUCUGAAGCAAAGGUUUGCAUUGAUCCAAGGGCCACCUGGUACUGGCAAGAGCUACACGGGUGUGGCGCUUAUCAAAGUUCUUCUGGAAAACAAUAAUGUGGGCGGAACAGGACUGGGGCCCAUACUAUGUGUCACGUAUACCAAUCAUGCCCUCGACCAGCUUCUCGAGGCUUUACUUGACAACAAAGUCACAUCUCAAAUCAUUCGCAUUGGGUCUCAAUCGAAGUCUGAGAGGUUGGACAAGUUCAACCUUCAGACGGCUGCAAAAGAUUCGCCAAGAACAAAGAUGGAACGAAAGGAACGAUGGAACACAGCUGAGAGGCUCUCAAUGUGUGAGGAAGAAUUCCGCGAGCUCAAACUGAAAAGAGAAGUGGGGGUUCCUAUUAAGAGUCUCAAGUCUCAUAUUCAACGGAACUACCCUCACCACCACGAUCAGCUGUUCUCCACGUCCCAGGAAGAUGGAUUCCGGGGAGUGAAGCCCGACAACCCCCAAGGUGUCAUCAAGACCUGGCUUAAUUCGGGCCCAAAGAACAGUGUGACUGGCCGGUCUUGGGAGCAACUCCAGAACGUCAAUCUCUCUGACAUGUCCCACACAGAACGCCAGCGUCUCUACAACCACUGGUACCGUGGCUGUCGAACUGAGGUGGAACAUAGGCUGAUGGGGAUCGUUUCGUCGCAUAGGAAAGCAAAAAUCGCAUAUGAUAACGUGCAGGAUGAGACGCAUCUUCGCUGCUUGUAUACAGCCGAUGUCAUUGGCGUCACAACCGCGGGACUUGCUCGCAGACUGGAUAUGUUCCGCAGACUUCCAUGCAAGUUCAUGCUGUGUGAAGAAGCUGGUGAAGUUCUUGAGUCACACCUCCUUACCGCGUUUCUACCUUCUGUUGAACAUGCGGUCCUCAUCGGCGAUCAGCAACAGCUUCGUCCUCAAGUCCAGAAUUACGAGCUUUCCAGCGACAACAAUCAGGGUGGCAAAAAGUAUUCACUCGAUGUCUCUCUCUUCGAAAGAUUAGUGAGCAAAAAGACAAGUCCCAUGGACUGUGCAAUUCCAUUCAGCACAUUGGAAACCCAGCGCCGAAUGCACCCAUCUAUUGCUCGACUGAUCCGUGAGACAAGUUAUCCGAAAUUGAAGGAUGAUCCAUCCGUGGCAGAGUACCCGGAGGUCAAAGGAGUAAAGAAACGGCUAUUCUGGUUGGAUCAUCGCCACAGAGAGGGAGGAUCCUCGGACGACGAUCCAAUGUCAACCUCACACUGGAACGAAUACGAGAUCAACAUGACUGUUGCACUCGUCAAUCAUCUCGUUCAGCAGGGCGAAUACAAUCAUGGAGAUAUUGCGGUCUUGACUCCAUACCUGGGCCAACUCUUCCGUCUACGGAAGAGACUCACUCAGUUAUGCGCCAUCAUAAUUGGCGAUCGCGAUAAAAAUGACCUUGAGCAGGCUGGUCUCGGGGAGAUUGGAAGUGUUCCAAAGCCCAAGGUCAAAGCAACUUUAUCGCAGACUCUUCGUGUGGCCACCGUGGACAACUUUCAAGGCGAAGAGGCUAAAGUCGUCGUGAUCUCUCUUGUCAGAAGCAACCCGCAGAAUAGGUGCGGCUUUCUACGCACUUCGAAUCGCAUCAAUGUCUUGCUGUCCAGAGCACAGCACGGCAUGUACAUCAUCGGCAAUUCAGCAACCUCCAUCCAUGUUCCCAUGUGGGCCCGGGUCGUCAGAAUGCUGAAGCAAAAUGAUAACAUUGGGAAGGCCCUAGAGCUGCAAUGCCCUCGCCACCCAAAGACUCCAAUCACGGUCUCAACAGCUGAGGACUUCCCAAAGGUCUCCCCCGAAGGAGGCUGCCGCAUGCGCUGUGUGAACCGACUGGCGUGUGGACACGCCUGCUUCCAGAAAUGCCAUUCUAAUCUUCUCCACAACACUGUUGGGUCUUCGACCCCGUUCUCCAUCCAAGAUAUCAAGACAUGUGCCACCUGCCGCAGCCCACUGAGAGACAUCUCUCGGUAUGGCCGCCUGGUUCGCCGAGCUAUCCUCGAUGAGUCGACAAAAAAACUGAUUUUGGUGCUUAAUGGGGAAUAUGUCCCUCUUGCACAGGAACUUCCCAAUGCAAUUCAAGAGCUGCAGAGAACAGAAAGCCAGAAGAAGUCUGCGUGGCCACCGGUGAUUGAGGUGCGUGGCACACGAACCCAACAAAUCAACGCUAUGAUUGACAUCAUUCGGGACACAUAUCCCGGCCGUUGGCAUAGGAUCCUUGCCCUACGCAAGCAGGUUGAAGAUUACCGGCGUCGUGUGAAACCUGAAGAGCAGCCAUUUGAAAGGGUUCGCAAGAUGAUUGAAGCCGCCCAAAAGAAAAGAAAGGAUCCGGCCACUUACGCUGCUGAGUUCGACGGCGUCCUUCAAACCAAAGGCUUCUUGCAGGGGACGGCCCUCAUACUUCGUUUGGACAUUGCGUUGUUUGUUGACUUCAUGACUCUCGUGUCUCACGUGCAACCCAGCGACGUGGCAUUUGACAUUGAUUUGCUGAAGGCCAAGGAUGACUGCCAGGCCCUCAUCAACCUAGCUUCGACUCAUCAUCGCAUUGUGCAGCAAGCUGAGGGUCAUAUCUUCCUCGCCCAGUUUUACGCCCUUGAGGCGGCUGUUUGUUCAUCUCCCGCAAAGGCAAAUGUUAUGAAGCAGAACGGCCGCAGCGCAAUCGCCAAAGCCAGGCAACUUUGCAGUCCUAACCGAGCCCAAACAGUUGGAUUGGCGAGUGAGAUUGACGAUGUGGACCAGAUGCUGCACAAGGGCACAUUCCGCACGGUCAUUACCAACGCUGAACGCAUGGCAGUUAUCUCUGCCAUGCGUCGGGAGUUCUUAGGAACAGGCCAUUGGUACUACUGUCGCAAUGGCCAUCCCUUUACAAUUGGGGAGUGUGGAGGAGCCACCGAGAUGACACACUGUCCGGAGUGUGGUGCCCCAGUGGGGGGCCACGACCACGAAUUGGCGGAGGGUGUGACCCGAGCAAUGGGUUGGGAGGUGUGA